AUGCCAGCCCCUCUCAGCCAGACCGUUCGUCCCGUCUUCCAGACCUUCGAUUCCGCCGGUGUCGAUGCGGUCCAGCAGCUCUUUCCGUUCCACCAAGUCGAGCAUCUCGAUGUCUCCGGUCUUGUGAUCGUUCGCUCUGCCUGUGUGAGCACCACUGAUCUGGCCAAGUUCGCUCAGCGCCUCUCCGAUCACUUUGUCGUCCGCGUGUGUGUCCCGCUUCAGGCCGAUCUCGAUGGCGAGUUCCCCGAUCGCCCGUGGGUCGUCCACUCGAUCGAGGAGCGCAACGGCCUCGAGUUUGUCGAGUUCGCCCGUCCCGGCGACACCUUCAACUUUCCCGAGUACAAACGCAGCAACAGCGAGCUCCCCCAGACCCAUGGGGCUCCCUUCAUUCCUGGCAGGCUGACCCACCACAUUCCCGAGGCCGGUCUCGACCGUUUCCAUCGCCAGUACCUCGCCAAGUACUUGCAGGGCUACCGUGUCUCCAUGAUCGAGCGCACCGACGCUCUCUUCAAUUUCUUCAUGGAUCUCGAUGGCAGCCAGCUUGCAUCCCAGCAUGCCGAUGGUGCCCAUGGUCUCUACAAGGCCAUGUAUGACCAUGUCAGCAGCACCAUCAACGACGCCCCCAUCGUCACCAUGCGCACCACCCACGAUGGCUCGAAGAUCGCGGGCUGCCAUUUCCAUUGGCCCAAUCUGCAGAUCACUCCCGACAAUGCCAAGCACGUGAUCGAUCGCCUCAAGGCUGGUGCUCCUUCCUCUGUCCCCGACACCUUCUUUGACUCGAGCGUCUAUCGUUCGGGUCUGCGUAUGCUGCAUUCCUGGAAGCAGCGCAAGGAGUCCGACACCAGCUUCAACGAGCAUUACCACAUUGCCCAAUGGGACUACGCUGAUCACCAAUGGGUCAGACGUCCCGGUGCCGCCUUCACCGUUGCCGACCUGUAA